CGCCCUGCCUCGCACACGGGCGUUUGUCUAGCCAGCGCCAAUCAUUCCCCGUUAGGCACGGCAAGCGUCGCACGAGCUGCACAGCGCCGCAGCUGCCCCCCCUCCCCUCCCUUCCCCGAGCCUGGAGUUAGCAGCAGCCCGAACAGACGUGCCUCUGCCACAAACGCAGCAAACGCGCCUUCCCCGCAUGGCCAACAACAUGAAUAACCUGACGACGCUGAUCAAGCGGCUUGAGGCCGCCACCUCGCGUCUCGAAGACAUUGCCAGCUCCGCCCUCCCAAGCGCCGGCGACGGCGUUGCCAGCUUCAAUGGCGCCUCGCUGAAUGCCACGCCCGGCGCCACAGAAUCAAACACCAACGCAGGCGCCCCGAAGCUGGUCGCUGAGGCUGCGCCCCCGCCAGCAAUUGAGGCUUUCGACGAGCUCGUCAACUCAGAACUGAAGGAAUGGCUCGAGCUGAGUGGGAAGCUGGGAAGCGUCAUUGAGGGGCAGUCCAAGGCCGUCGAGGGCGCUUUCGCCGCCGAGCGCAAGUUCCUCUUCAUUGCCAACAAGGCCAAGAAGCCCGACGACCGCACCCUCAUGGAGCUGCUCAAGGACCUCCAGGCAAACAUGGAGAAGACGGACGAGUUUAGACAGAGCAACCGCGACGCGGCUCUGAAAGACCCGCUUUCCAUGGUUGCCGACGGCGUGGGCUCCCUCGGCUGGGUGACCAUCGGCCAGGGCGGAGGCAUGAAGCCCCACGAGCACAUCAACGAGCUGGUUGGCGGAGCCCAGAUGUACGGCAACAAGGUGCUCAAGGAAUACCGCGACAAGCCCGAGGGCGAAGUGCAUGUCAAGUGGGUUCAAUCUUACUACAGGCUGUUCAAGGCCCUCGCCGAAUACGCAAAGAAGCACCACACCACCGGCGUAGCCUGGAACAGCAAUGGCAUCGACGCCAAGGAAGCCGCAAAGCAAGUCUCUGGCGGGUCCAGCAUACCUGCACCACCAGCUCCAGCAGGAGCCGUGCCACCACCGCCUGGUCCUCCCCCACCACCAGGCCCGCCGCCACCGCCUGGUACGGCACCUCCGGCUAAGAAGGCUGCUCCCGAUAUGAAUGCCGUCUUUGGGGAGCUCAACAAGGGCUCCGACGUCACAAAGGGACUGAAGAAGGUCGACCCAAGCCAAAUGACGCAUAAGAAUCCGGCAUUGCGAACGAAUGCGCCAGUGCCCACACGCAGCGAUAGCACCAGCAGCCUGGGCAGGAGUAAGAGCCCCGCACCGCCCAAGGCGAAGAAGCCAGAAAGCAUGCGGACCAAGAAGCCUCCAAAGAAGGAGCUGGACGGGAACAAGUGGAUAAUAGACAACUUUGACUCGCCGAGCGAAAUGAUUGAAAUCGACGCCGAGAUCAACCACUCGAUUCUCAUUUCGCGCUGCAAGAACACUACGAUCCGCGUCAACGGCAAGGCUAAUGCGCUUUCUCUCGACAACUCGUCACGCACAUCUCUUAUCAUCGACUCGAUGGUCAGCUCUAUAGACGUGAUCAAGUGCCCCAACUUUGCCCUCCAAGUCCUCGGCACCCUCCCCACCAUUCUCCUCGACCAGGUCGAUGGCGCCACUGUAUACCUAUCGAAAGACUCAUUAGCGACUGAAGUCUUCACCAGCAAGUGCAGCAGCGUAAACAUCAACCUCCCCACUGAAGACGACUAUGUCGAGAACCCGCUACCCGAACAAAUCAGGAGCUACGUCCAGGAUGGCAAGCUUGUCAGUGAAAUCGUGGAGCAUGCAGGUUAGAUGAAGGCCAUAGUUGUUGUUGGUUUGACCGUCCGACUGCAGAUGAAGAUUUGGAUACGGUGUUGCAUUCGGUAAUGUCUGACACGUCUGUUACUUUUGUCCUGUUUGGAUCGUGCCUGGUGGGA